GCCGCGGCGGCCUCCCCGGCGCGGUGCCCCAGCGCGGGCCCCGCGCGCGGACGCCGGUGCGCGGCGUCGCUCGCCCCCAGCGGCGCUGCGCCGCCGGGCUCCCCGAGGCUGUGGAACCCGACGCCGCGGCGGAACGCCUCGCCCGCGCCCCCCUCUGCCACCAGGCUCAGCACCCCGCGCGCUGCGCCGUGGGUGGCUCGCGACGCCGCGGCCGACGACGGCAAGGACCGACGGCGUGCAGAAGCCCCCGCGCACGCUGCUCCAGUCGGCCGCCGCCUGGGAGUCGCCCCCGCCCCGCCUGGCGGGCGCCACGCUGGCCAUGCUGUGCGCCCCAGACCCGGCCAAGAGCCCCGAGGGCGCCGCGACCCCCCGCACGCCGGCCGCUGCUCGGCAGGAGGGGCCUGCUUCCAGCUGGAGUAUGUGUCUUCGCUGAGCGGCUGCUCCGAGGCUGCGAGGCAGCACUGCCUGCGGCUGUACCCCCGCGAGGGCGUGGCCGAGGUUGCGCCCGGCGGCGGCUGCGCCCGCGUGGCGGUGGUGGGCAGGCACGACCAGUCCGAGGCCUUCGCGGCCUGGGUGCCCAACGUGGGUGAGCGGAAGUGCAUCUCCCGCAGGGCGUUCGAGGUGUUGUGGGUCCCGGGGGACAGCUCGCGCGCCUGGCUGCGGUCGCAGAGCUCGAACCACCUGCUGGUGGACGGCGCGGAGGCCGUGCGCGAGGGCAUCUCCUUUUCUCUUUCACUCACAGCCAUCACAUCUGGCUACGGUAAGCUCUGCGGCCGUCUGUUCCCAUGGGGCGCAAUGGCGGCGGCAGGGCCUGGUGCAGUCGGCGGCAAGCUUACCCCCGAGCGCAGGGACGCCAUGCUUGCCAUGUCUGCCGAGCACUUCGAGGCCUGCAGCAUCUGGCUCUCGCCUGGUCAGAAGGCGCACCUGCUGGGGCUGCGUGCCGUGCAGACGGGCGACCCUCUGGCCCUCAGUCGCCAGGCCAAGCAGCAGCAUGACACGCUCAAGGAUCAGGUCGCCAAGGCCAAGAACGCCUGGGAGAAGGCUCAGGAGGUGCUGGCCAAGCAGCUGCAGAAGACUGCAGAGCUCAAGGCGAAGUACGUGGAGCUUGAGGCCAAGGAGCUCGAGGCGGCCCGCGCCGCUGCCAGCGCCUUCACCGAGCUCGGGCGAGCUUCCAGGCCUCAGCCUGCUGACCCUGCUGCUUACCUUGUGGAACAGCUGCGGGAGCUGGGUGUCGAGGCGGGCGUGGUCGACUCGAUCAAGCAGGUCGCGGAGGCCCGCCAGAAGGCUAAGAAGGACGAGGAGGAAGCGGCUGCUGCCAAAGCCCGCGAUCACGACCUUGACAUGGACGCGGCCAUCGGCAACCUCAAGCAGGGCGACUGGUUGGACAAGCUCGUCAGCUCUGCAGGUGAGGGCGGUAUCACUCGAUCGCAGCUGGAGCUCGCGGUUUGUUUCCUGGAGGCCCUGGAUCGUUUCUGCGUCUUCGACUACGUAGUUAUGGACUAUUUCGCCACCGUCGCCAGCGACACUGCCGAGCGCCUGCACAAGCAGGCGACCCAGCUGAAGAUAGUCAACUGGAUCGGGGCCGAGUUCUUGUGCAGCAGCCUCGUGCCGAGCCACAUGGCCGUGGCCGGGGCAGAGGUGGAGGUAGGGGUCCGCCCAGCCCGCGCCCUGCGGCCCUGCGGCCCUGGCGGGCCGCCCCCGCAGGCCGCGCUGUACCUCUUCGCGAUGUACACCAACGUCUACUGCCGCGAGGGCAGGCUCUGCAUCUGCUGCAAGAGGUCGUUCUUCGUCUCGUCGCUGGUCGUCUCCGCCAUCGUGUUCUGGGCCUCUUACGAGAUGCUGCGGGCCAGCGGGGAAGGAAUUACGGAGGAGCUCGUGCAUCCGUUCUUGGUCUCGCGGCUGCAGAGCUGGGUGGUGUGGUUCCCGCUGUGGUUCCUUCUGCCGUGCGUCGGCUUCUGGCACUACUGGGACAUCGAGAGGCGGGCGCUGGGCCGGUGA